AAAGUUAUCCUAAAGAUCAGGCCGAACAUUGUUAACAGCCAAUUAAUUUCAUGACAAUCUUAGGCUUCAGUAUUUUCUAAAUUACUUAAUGUCAGUGUGAAAAAAAAAUUUAAUACAUUUCCUCAUUCAAUGCUAUUUCUAUAUCAAGGUUGACGUUAGUCUGCAGCUGCCAAACAAACCAAUUAUUUAUGAUUAUCAUACGAAGAAAGGAAUAUGAGAAAUAUUUUCGAUCAAUUUGUCUUGCAUAAUGGCACGCGACACACAGACUGACUAUUCGGUUUCUACUAACGUGUUAUAUAGUUUGGCGGCUGGUGCCAUUGCUGGUGCUCUGGCCAAAAGUACUAUAGCUCCAUUGGAUCGAACUAAAAUUAAUUUUCAAAUAUCACAAGAAGCGUAUUCUGCUAGAGCUGCCUAUAAAUUUUUGAUUGAUACUUAUUCAAAAAAUGGAUUCUUUUGGUUAUGGCGAGGAAAUACAGCUACCAUGACAAGAAUUAUCCCGUAUGCAGCCGUCCAAUUUACAGCAUUUGAAGAAUGGCGAAAGUUGUUGGAUGUUGAUUCUAUUAACAUAAAAAACAAUGGAGGUCGUGAAUUUCUCUCUGGCUCUUUAGCUGGAGUAACAUCACAAACUUUAACUUAUCCAUUAGAUUUGGCAAGAGCAAGAAUGGCGGUUUCUACUAAAUCUGAUUACGCAUCCUUGGGAGAUGUGUUUAGAAAGACCUACCAAAUUGAAGGUAUUAAAGGUUUUUAUAGAGGAUACGUACCAACCAUUCUUGGUAUUAUACCUUAUGCUGGCACAAGUUUCUUUACAUAUGGCUCAUUGAAGUCAUUCGUUAAAGAAAAACAUGGAUAUGAAAAUACUAUUAUAAAUUUGGCAUGUGGUGCAGUGGCAGGUAUGGCUGGCCAAUCAUCUUCUUACCCUCUAGAUAUAAUUAGAAGAAAGAUGCAAACAUCAAUUAUUACUGGGAAAAAUUAUACCAAUCUCAGAACAACUUUUGUACUGAUUUAUAAAACUGAAGGCAUUAAACAAGGGUUUUUCAAAGGUUUGAGUAUGAAUUGGAUCAAAGGACCAAUUGCGACUGGUAUAAGUUUUGCUACAUACGAUUUUGCAAGGAAAUAUUUAAAAAAUGUUUAGUUUUUAAUAUUAUUUUUUUACCAUUAACAUGCCUAAUUUUACCAUAUUGUUACCAUUAGAUAAUAUUUUAUUUUAUUUGUUUGAAGCCAUGUAUUUUGUAGUUAUUAAAAUGGACAUUAAACAUAAUAA